AAAUGGCGAGCGAUUUGCUCACAAUUUGCUGUCAUUUUUAAAUCUACAAAAAUCAUCCUGUAUCAAUGGCGUAAACCGCGAAUCUUGUAAUUAUUGUAAAUUGUAUAUAGUCUCUUGUAUAGUUAGUGAUAAUAUUUUGUGUUGUGAUUUCCAAGAUAGUGUAAAAAUCGUGAUUGAAAAUUGUGUUUGUGUAUAGUGGGAAAAUCUUUGGUAAAGCCGACGCCGACAAACAGAACAAUAAAUAUUACGAAAAAUACAUUUUGUUGAUGCAUAGGACGGUCACAAAACGACAACAGUGACACCAAUGAAGUGGUUGGCAAACGGUGACGGAGAUGGCAUUAUAAAAGUCGAGAUGGACAGGGGACCCCACCGUACACAGGACGACGCGGCUGUCGGCUACGUUUUUCAACGGCCACCAGACCCUGAGUUCCCCCAGUACGGGCCCAAACAGCUCAGAUGGGCCCAUGGAGACGACAGCAUAAUUGAUAACCACGACAAAUGGAAAUACCCGACUACGAAUAGCAAACUGGACUCGCAGCCUUUCGGCAGCACGACUGCCGCCGCCAUGUCGUACAUGGGGCAGCAGCUGCAGCUGCAACACCACCAGCAACAACAACAGCAGCAGCAGCAGCAACAAAACAGCUUGGUGGCGGGCGGCCUCUACGACCUCGGCCAGCACCACCACCAGCAACAGCAGCAGCAGCAGCAACAGGCCGCCAAGUCCAUGCAACCCGAGCACCUGGUGUACAUGCAGGCGGGCGGCAUGCCGCCGAUGCACCAGCCGCCCCCGCAUCAGCUGCACCAUCUCGCGCAGCAGAUGCCGCCCAUGAGGCAGCAGCAACAGGCAAUCGAUCAACUAAAAAGAAUGGGGGCGGCUGUUUUUUUCAUUAUUUUUUUAUGUCGUUUCGCUGUCGGUUUUCUUGUAGACAAGGGAAACUCGAUUAAGGCUCUACUCUGUAUGCGUGUGUGUAUGUGUGUGUGUGGCAUGACCACCUGGGAUUUUCCCCCGCAAAACAUCAAAGAGUUUGGACACAUUUUUGAUGGAACGUAUAGCUCGUCUUCCUUGGUCCUGGGGGCCGUACACAAGACCAAGACCCAGGAGCGGCUGAAGGCGGCGGCGGCGGCAUACACAAACACACGCGACGGACGCAGGCUGGCAGGAGAGGCUAGCACUGCAGCGCAGCGCAUGCGCCGGCCAAACGUUCGUUCUUUGUUUAGUUUCGUUCAGUCGGACGCCGAAUGCCGCGCCUAUCGCUCACUUAGUGCCAGCCGAACGCCGCAAGACCGCCCGCUCAAGAAAGUGGUUUUUGAGUUGGAACGAAAAAAAAACGUCGACAGCAUCGGUGACUUUGUUAUUGUUUUGGUUACAGUGUUGUUUAUUUACACAGUGGGUGCCACAGCAAACAGUGGUUAUGUGCCAUUUCAUUUGGAUAUGAAAGAUAUGGGACCCGAUAUGGUGGGUCUUGUAGAGGCAGAACCAGGUAGCCAUUUUCAAGGUGGGUUGGGGUGCCAGAGCCAGCACUCGGUCCGGCCGGUAUGCUCUCCUCUUGUUGUUUACCUCGGAUGCACCGUUGCCAACUCCUCCUCGCCACCGACUCGUUUGUCACGCAAAAUUUACGUCUCGCGGCGUUGCCGAUGCCGCGCCGUUUUUACGAUGUUUUUUCUUGUUCAUGAUGAUGUUUUUGCGGAGAACUGGCCCGAAAGUACAAAUAGAGUGAAUUUUGGCGCGGGGCCAAUAGCGUUACGCCCCUUUCUGCACCAGCAAGGGUUUGUCUGA